AUGUGGAAUGAAAGAGCAACUAGAGUCUGUGACAACUUCACCCCCUCAACCAACACCCAAGCAUUCAGUGGGCCUGCACCGAGAAGAAUCAACGGCAAGCUAGCAAUAAUUGGCUUUGUUGCUGCAAUAGUAGUGGAGUUAUCCAAUGGCCAAGAUGUGUUUGCCCAGAUAUCCAAUGAUGGGAUCCCUUGGUUCUUAGGAACUAGCAUUGUACUCACUCUUGCAUCUCUAAUUCCGCUGUUUAAAGGAAUCAGCGUGGAGUCCAAGUCAGAUGGGUUAAUCACCUCAAAUGCUGAGAUGUGGAAUGGGAGGUUUGCCAUGUUGGGUUUGGUUGCACUAGCCUUUACAGAGUAUGUCAAGGGUGGAACCCUUAUUUAGGAAUAAGGUUUUUGAUGUGCUAACUCAAGCCAACUUGUGUAAAUGAAUAUUUAAUUUCCAUAAAAUUUGGAAAGCAACUCAUGUAAUCUAUUUUAAGUAAAUUAGAUUUCAAUUUUAUAAAGGAAUAGAAACUUAUAUGCAAA